GCCUCAGUCACUUGGCGCCUGGUCUUCUUCCCGUCGGCCGGUUGAGGAAAUUUCGCUCAAGAUGUCUAAGCAGCCAGCUCAGUUCAUAAAUCCAGAAACACCUGGCUAUGUUGGAUUUGCCAAUCUUCCUAAUCAAGUUCACCGAAAAUCAGUGAAAAAAGGUUUCGAGUUCACACUGAUGGUUGUUGGUGAAUCUGGACUGGGAAAGUCGACACUCAUAAACAGCCUGUUCCUGACCGACCUCUACCCAGAAAGAGUCAUACCUGGAGCUGCAGAAAAAAUUGAGAGAACUGUCCAAAUCGAGGCCUCCACCGUGGAGAUUGAAGAGCGAGGGGUCAAGCUGCGACUGACAGUAGUGGACACAUCUGGCUACGGCGAUGCCAUCAACUGCCGAGACUGUUUUAAGACCAUCAUCUCCUACAUCGACGAGCAGUUUGAACGGUACCUGCACGAUGAGAGCGGCUUGAACAGGCGGCAUAUCAUCGACAACAGGGUUCACUGCUGCUUCUACUUCAUCUCCCCUUUCGGACACGGACUGAAGCCCUUGGAUGUUGCAUUCAUGAAGGCGAUUCACAAUAAGGUGAACAUCGUGCCUGUCAUCGCCAAGGCUGACACCCUCACGCUGAAGGAAUGGGAGCGCUUAAAGAAAAGGAUUCUGGAUGAAAUUGAAGAACAUAGCAUCAAAAUCUAUCACUUACCUGACGCAGAGUCAGAUGAAGAUGAAGAUUUUAAAGAGCAGACCAGGCUUCUCAAGGCCAGCAUCCCAUUUUCGGUGGUCGGAUCCAACCAGCUGACUGAAGCCAAAGGCAAGAAGGUCCGAGGCCGCCUCUACCCGUGGGGGGUGGUGGAGGUGGAGAACCCAGAGCACAACGACUUCCUGAAGCUGAGGACCAUGCUCGUAACUCAUAUGCAGGACCUCCAGGAGGUGACCCAGGACCUCCACUACGAGAACUUCCGCUCUGAGAGGCUCAAGAGAGGCGGCAGAAAAGUAGAGAAUGAGGACAUGAACAAAGACCAGAUCUUGCUGGAAAAGGAAGCUGAACUUCGCCACAUGCAGGAGAUGAUCGCAAGGAUGCAAGCUCAGAUGCAAAUACAGAUGCAGGCGGGGGACGGCGACGGCGGUGUGCACGGGCAGCACGUGUGAGAAAACGGUCUCCAAGAUAAAAAAGAAAACAUUCCAGACGAGUCGCAUAGUGGUGUCUUCCAUGAGACCGACGGCGGAGUCUGUCAGUGUGUUACGGCAUCUGCGCCUGAGAAUUCAGUUUCUUUUUAAACUUUCGAUGUUUUUUUUCCUUUGGUAUGAAGUACUUUUAACAUUGUAUUUCAUUGCUAUGUUAUGCUUUCUAUUUUGUAUUUCGUUUUCAUUUUUUUCCCCUCCUUAACUAACCACUAAGUUAGAAUCGGUUUCCCAGAUGGUCCUGGGUGGUAGAGACACCUGCCUGGUGCCAGGCCCUUUAUGACGAAGGGUGCUGUGUGGAGACUCCAGCCUGCCUUUCUUCCGUGUUUGUGCACAUCACCUGAAACCAGUUUUGCUGCUAUAGUUCAAUACUUUUAAUCCAUCUGCCCACGUACGUGUUUACCAAAUAACACGAUUAGAACUGUCUGAUGAGGUACCCGUUUAUACUUACAUAGCUGUUUUCAAAGCAGACUUUUAGAGGUGAAUUUACAAAGACUCUGGAUCCCGGCACUAGAUAACUUUUAAAGCCACUAUGGCAGAGAGCUUGUCACCAGUCUUUCUGCAGUGUUCUCCACUAGGGCUGGUUAUACCACGCUGCAGAGAAAAUCAUGAGCCAUGAGCCCCACUUUUCUUUUGCAGCUAAGACUCAUACACGCAGUGAGAAUCACUGAAACUGUUUUUACUCAACUAAUUUUAAAAAUAACUUUUUAAGAAAAAUUAACAUUUGACCUGUUGAAAACAACCUUUUGUACUUUUAUACUGCACUUUAAUAUAUUUUUCUGUAACGUGUGUGAGAAGGUCCUCUUCAGCAGUGGAAAUUGGGGUCCUAUUUUUUAUGGUAGGCGCGCCUCUGAACCCAGACCUGUCCCCCGGCACCGUCCUGCCCCAAGGCCAUGGCCCUGGAGGCCUCUCUGAACCCAGACCUGGCCGCAGACAUAGUCCUGCCCCAAGGCCAUGGCUCUGGAGGCGUUUCUGAGCCCAGACCUGUCACCAGCCCUCUGCUAGGCUUUGGAGAUCCAAACCCCCUUCCACUGCUUUCUUUUUAAUGGUUUUACAGUGGGAGGCAAAGAGCAGUGAUCAUUUUGUUACGGGCAGACCGUCUCAUCAAUUUUUGCUGAUUAUUUUCUUCAUUCUGUGAAAUACCCAUUUCUGUGUCUUAUGAGAAUAAGACAUUUCACAUCUGUGCUGACAGGCUGGAGCAGGCGCCAGCCACCGAAGCUGCGCAGGCUCUGUCCUCUGUGCCGAGGUCUUGGCCGUCUCCUGUCCUAAUGUGCCUCCUGUGGGGCAUGCCCAGGGAUGCCAACGCUCCGAGGCUGGCUUCUUCAACACAUCUGCUGAUGCAGGCAAAUGUGUUCCUAGAAAGUGGUCCUUUAAAGCAGGCAGACCUGAGUGGAAGGAGCAGAGGUGCUGGUUCAGGGUUUUCAUCUUCUGUUUAGUGGGAGGAGUUAAGAAAAUGAUUAACCUGAGGGAGUGAGGAGGCUGGUUUUGUUUCUGUCUUUUGUUUUGGCCAGACAAGAAAUGAGAUGGUCAAAAUACAUUAGCUAUGAAGCUGUACUACCACAAAAACUCACGUGCCCCACUAACUUUGCCCCUGUACUGUCCAGCCGUUGUGAGUGGUGGGAGCUGUGCAGCACAUCGUGCAGUUUUACCAAGAAAAGUAUCGUGUGACUUCAGGGUACCUCCAGUCAAAGUCUGUUAUUUGGGCUAUUUUGGCAUUUAUUAACUAACCGUGCUAGAGAAAAACUGUAAAAAGAAAAGUCAAAAAGCUUUUGCAAAUAGUAUAAACCCUGUGCAUAUUUAAGCAGAAGUACUGCUCAGGGCAAGCUGCCACUCAGUAUUGGUUACGUGGGGCUGGGAGGGCCUGUGCUGUUACGCUUUUAAAUGCUUUUUGUUUGCUGCCCAAAUCUCAGUUUAUACUUUUGCUCACAGAUAACGGCUCUUUUACUAAAAAGUUAAUCUCUACCUAUAGAAACGUAUUUUGAAAACACUUAUUUUACACAGCAAUUUUGUAUUAAAACUAACCUUUUAUCAAUAAAGCACUAUUGUUUAGGUAUUAAAAAAAAAA